AUGGACAGCGACAACGAAGAAAUCACCUUCAAAAUCAACAAGGAGUUCGCCAACAAGUAUGAAGCUUCAAAGCGUGGCCAGGAGUUGUCCUCAAUUCGCGAGAAGUAUGGCGCCAUGGAUGAAGGCCGUCUGUCCGUGAUUGCCGACCGCCAGCACAAAUACGGAUAUACCAAGAACGCCGACUACGACUACGACUCGUACGAUUCCGAGGACGACGAAGAGGAGGAUGAAUUUGGCGAGUUGGUGACGCCCGAGGUCGACGGUCAGAUCAUGAAGACCAUUGGCUUGAUCCGAGCUCAGGACCCCAAGAUCUACCAGGCCACUUCUCAUUUCUUUAUCCCCUCCGAGAUGGAAAAGGCGCGUAAGCAGUGGAAGGAGAAGCAGGCUGCCGAUAAGGCGUCAAAGCCCAUGAACUUGCAGGAUUAUCAUCGUCGGGUUCUUUUGGAGGAUGGUGGUAUGGUCGAUGAGGCUGCUGAGGAUCGGAAGAUCAAGGAUGUUUCGGAGAUGACUCAUGUGGAGCAGCAGGAGCAUCUUAAGCAGGAGAUGAAGAAUGCGUUCUUGAGCGGUGAUGGAGAUGAUGAUGAAGGGGAGGAUGCCGAUUCGUUCUUUACGCAGAAGGCGAAGACCAAGGAGGAUGAAGACGCCGAGGAGGAGGAUUAUAAGAGGUUCUUGAUGGAGAGUAUGGGUAGCAAGUCUGGUGGUGCUGCUGCUUUCCAGGACUGGAGGGAGUACAAGAAUGCGCCUAGCAUGGACAAGGACGAGGCCUUCUUGAUGGAUUAUAUCUUGAACCGUGGAUGGAUCGACAAGUCCCAGAAGAAGACACCCAGCUACAAAGAGAUUGUCCGUGAGGAAGACUUGUCCGAUCUGGAAAAGUCCGAGGAGGAGCUCGAGGCUGCUGAGGAGUUCGAGUCCAAGUACAACUUCCGUUUCGAGGACGCCCAGGCCGACAAGUUGACGGGCUACUCGCGUAUGAUCGACGACUCGGUCCGUAACGCAGACGACAAGCGUAAGCGUCAGCGCCAAGCUGCCAAGGAGCGCAAGAAGGAAGAGAAGAUCCGUCAGCUGGAGGAGCUCAAGCGUGCCAAGAACCUCAAGAAGCAGGAGAUCUUUAACAAGCUCAAGCAGAUCCAGGAGAUCACCGGCAACAAGACUGUUGGUUUUGAUGAGAUUGAUUUGGAGACUGAGUUCAACCCUGAGGACUAUGAUCAAAAAAUGGACAAGAUGUUCAGCGACCAUUAUUACGCCGACGACGAGAACAAGAAGCCCGUCUUUGACGAUGAUAUCGACACGGCCGCCUACGAGAACAGCGACGACGACAAAUCCGAUAACGAGGCCGAGGGAGCCGAGGCUAACGGCGAUGAGGUGGAGGCGUACGAGGAAGAGGCUUACCCACCAGAGUAUGAGGAGGGCUAUGACGAGUCUGGUGGCUACUAUGACGAGAACGGCGACGGAUACUAUGGCGGUGAGGAGGGCGAGGAGGAUAUUUUGAUGGACGCCGACUACCUGCCCGGAGGCGAGAACUUUGGCAAGGCGCCCGAGAAGGAGACCAAGAAGGAGCGGUUGAAGCGCGAGAAGGAAGAGAAGAGGUUGGCCAAGAUGGCGGAAAAGGGCGGCAAGGCGCGGACGGCUGUUGCAGCUUUGGAGGCGGCCAAGUCGUUGUUGGAUAAUGACAAGAAGAAGAACUUCAACGAAUACCUGGACGAGUACUACCAGCUCGACUAUGAGGACAUGGUGGGCGAUCUGCCAACGCGUUUCAAGUACUCUCGUGUCAAGCCCUCGACUUUUGGUCUUACGCCUGUUGAGAUCCUGUUGGCGGAUGACAAGGACCUGAACGAGUAUGUGUCCCUCAAGAAGUUUGCGACUUACCGCCGGCCUGAGGACCAGAUGCACGAUAUUGAAAAGUACACCAAGAAGAACCGCGUCCAGAUGUUCCGGCAUAAGCUCAAGACGCAGAUCAAGGAUCAGGACCUGGACAAGAACUGGGAUCCCAUUCGGUUGCGCAAGAAGAUGGUUGAGGAGCGGGAGAGAUUGGCAGAGACUGAAAAGAAGCGGAGCGGUGGUGAGGGCAGCAGCAGUACUGGUGCUGAGGAGAAGAAGAAGAAGAAGAAGAAGAGUAGCAAGGACAAGAAGCGUAAGGCUGAGGAUGAGGAUGACGCCGCUGAUGGAGCAGAGGAGAAGAAGUCCAAGAAGGUCAAGGCGUCCGAGGAUGAGCCAGCACGGAAAAAGAAGUCUGGCGAUGCUGAGGGCGAGGAGGAUGGUGAGAAGAAGCAGGAGAAGCACAAGGAAAAGAAGGAGAAGAAGGAGAAGAAGGAGAAGAAGGAGAAGAAGGAUAAGGAUGGCAAGGGCAAGAAGAAGGCCGAGUAA